CUGGGUCGUGUCGCGGCGGUCCCGCGGCGCUCGGAGGCUCGCCUGGCCGCCACGCAGCCCGCGGAGCCCUCGGUCGGGGUGCGGCCCGCCCGCGCCCUCACGAUUUAAGAGCUCAAAGCUGGGACAAUGGUGUGCAUUCCUUGUAUCGUCAUUCCCAUUCUGCUCUGGAUCUACAAAAAAUUCUUGGAGCCAUACGUAUACCCGCUGAUUUCCCCUUUUGUUAGCCGCAUAUGGCCCAGAAAGGCUGUGCAAGAAUCCAGUGAUAACGGGAGAGUGGACUGUAAGGGCACAGACACAAAUGGAUUACCAACGAAAGGACCAACAGAAAUCCCUGAUAAAAAGAAAGACUGAAGUGGCUUUCCCCAAGGGAUCCCAGUUGUUUCACACAUGGACGUGAUAAUAAGAAGCACCUUCUUCAUGACUGUCUCUGACCUUUUUCUCUGAGACCAGAACUCAGGCUAGCUAGUUUAGGUAGUUCCCUGUACCAAUCAGGGAAUAUGUGGUAUUUAUACUUAAAAUGUACUUAGUUAUAUUUAAUGACCUCAUUCCUGAGUUCCUUUUUCAUUAACGUAGAUUUCAUUCCUAUUACUGCACUUUUAAUAAUAUGAAUAAAUAGAAGGUUUGUGCCAGCAGAUACUUAGAUGUUGCUAAAUCAGUCCUUAACAGCCCUGACCCUCUCUAGCAUUCAUUCAUGUGAAUGACCGAUGUGUGCUCUCAUUUCUUUGGGCACCUCUAGUCUGAGCAGAGUACAUUUUUACUGUGAAACAGUGCAGGGGAUAAAGCUGUGAAACAAAGAAAUAAUGACUUUCCAACACAGUGAAUCCGUGAGAGUAAUGUCACAGUCUAUCCGUGAGAGUAAUGAUUACUCUGUAAUGCUCUGAGGAAGACAGAAAAGACAGGGACAUAGAAAAAACCUAAUUGAUAAAUGAAACAUCUUUUAUUUAAGCAUCUGAUGUAUGUUGUAAAAUUCCAGUCCUUGCAUUCCUUCUAUUCCUACAAAUGUAUUAAAUAUUCUGUUUAACUUGC